AUGAGCGCCUCCUAUACGUCGUGGAAAGAUCGCACGCAAAGUCAAUUUGGGAAGCUUCAGAUUCAAGUGCCAUGGCGCUCAUUCCAGCUCCUAGUGCCGCAUCGCAUGCGCCGCAAGCUCCGGUCCAAACUCCGGAGCCGCAUUUCGCCCACCUCAUCGAUAUCGAGGUUGCAAACAUCCUUCUCGCCCGUCGACACCCUCCGAUCAUUACAGGCGCACCGCUGGACGAUAUAUGACUUCCAAUACCUGUUGCUCCUGAUCGUGGGCAUUUUCUCCCUGACAAUUAUCCAGUCUCCUGGUCCAUUGGGAAAGACGGCGAUCGCCACCGGUCUUUUGUGUUCUCUGCUUAUGCCUAUCACCCGGCAAUUCUUCCUACCAUUCCUCCCCGUCGCUGGAUGGCUUAUCUUCUUCUAUGGAUGCCAGUUUGUUCCAAGCGAUUGGCGACCUGCCAUUUGGGUCCGCGUACUGCCAGCCAUGGAGAACAUUCUGUACGGUGCCAACAUUAGCAACAUUCUAUCCGCCCACCAAAACGUUGUGCUCGACGUCCUGGCAUGGAUUCCCUAUGGACUCUGCCAUUAUGGAGCGCCAUUUGUCGUUUCGUUGUUGCUCUUCUUCUUUGGUCCCCCAGGAACUACCCCUCUCUAUGCCCGGACUCUCGGCUACAUCAGCAUGAUCGCCGUCUUCAUUCAGCUGGCUUUCCCCUGCUCGCCACCAUGGUACGAAAAUCUGUAUGGUUUGGCACCAGCCGACUACUCGAUGCAGGGAAAUCCAGCUGGUCUUGCGCGCAUUGACAAAUUGCUCGGUAUUGACCUUUACACUUCGGGCUUCAAGCAGUCCCCUGUUGUUUUCGGUGCAUUCCCUUCACUCCAUGCUGCUGAUUCCACUCUGGCAGCACUGUUCAUGAGCCACGUCUUCCCACGGUUGAAGCCCAUCUGGGUGACUUACACUCUGUGGAUGUGGUGGGCUACCAUGUAUCUUUCCCAUCACUACGCCGUCGAUCUGGUGUGCGGUGGCCUCCUUGCCACGGUGGCCUUCUACUUUGCCAAGACCCGGUUCCUGCCGCGUGUCCAGGCCGACAAGAUGUUCCGUUGGGACUACGACUAUGUUGAAGUUGGUGACUCUUCUCGCGAGUUCGGAUAUGACCUUGCCAGCUUGGAUGGCGACUUCAACCUGGACAGCGACGAGUGGACUGUGGGCUCCUCUUCGUCCGUUUCUUCGGGCUCUCUGAGUCCCGUGGACGACCAUUACACAUGGGAAAGCGAACACCUCACCUCGAAUCACGACAUCGAGGCUGGACGCUAA